AUGGAGACCAGACCGGCGAUACGCAAUGUAAGACAUGAAUCUGACCCGGUUACAUGGAUCGUAAACUAUGAAUCCAAGAAAUACAAAAUCGAUUCCAAAGUCUCAGGAACUUUCUCACUAAGGAUCAAGGAAAUUGAGCGGAUUAUUAUCAGGAGUCCUUGGGGUCGGGAAUCUCUACUUAGACAAAGAAAAAAAAAUGCAGAAGUAGCAUUCGUAUAUGAGAUUCCACCUACUUUCCUUGAAGAUAACAAAACAUUCAAAAGAUUUGUUGGUAACGUGUUGUCCAAGGAAGGGAUCGAUAGCUGGAUUCAGCAACGCCUUGUUCCUAAAAUCUCCAAAGACGCGAUUACUACGAACCGCCUUUGUGGAGGAGAAGGAAAAGGUUUCAUUGUUGAAGUUGAAGUUGAACUUGUGGAAGAAACAUUGAUGGAUAACUGGUUAGGCGUCGAUGAGAAUGACCCUGAAUGUCGAAGGCCAAUAGAACAACGAUGCAUCAUAUGUCUAGAGGAGUUAUCGUCGUCGAUGAUUGUAUUUACUCGUGGCUACGCCGCAAGCAUUCAUGUCCAUCUUGUCGCGGCGAAAUCAACAAUCCUCGACCGAGGUGAAAACCUCCCAAUUAUGUUGUUUCUACUUUAUUUUGUAAAAAAAUAA